CCGAACCUUGCGGUCCUUGCCUCUACAUGUACUAUGCUCGUGAAAUCAAUUGUGCACUAUAUUGUUAUGAUGCCGUCGUUUCUGUGAUAGGUGCGUCUAUAUGGCCCAUCAUGUAUCAUGCAUCAGUGCCCCUUCAAGGCUUUAUAUUUCCUUCGGCAAUGGGCUAUGGCCGAUACUACAUCAUGAUUAGUGCUUCAAGAAUCCGGUCAACGUGUUGGCUAUGCUUUGGUCAAGGCUAUUCGGCCCAUACCAGACGCUCUCUGUUUUCUCCCACCUACUUCUUACACCCUCCGAUACCAACUCUAGUUCUCGACAUUCUAGACGAUUUGGAAAAAUGAUCAUAAACCCGUCCGAGAAGACGCCCAUGAGGUUAUGCACCAGACAGAUUAAAGACAAGUGUGUUGAGAACGAUAUAGAACACGAGGUAUGUCGUCGUCGUGUCGAUAUGAUCUCAUUGUGUGUAUCGUAGCUAUCCAUUUUCAUCGAGCUUAUUGCUGGCAAAGUCACCAGAACUCUCGAGCAUUUGAUUUCUCGGUACCUUCCGGACUCAAUCGUACUGGGCACCAGAGGCCAGCGCAGCAUGAUGAAAGAGGCAAUUUGAUAUACCUCGCUCUCAUAACAGAACGUAUACCCAUAAUCCCAAAGUUCCUCUCCAACCAUAUCGACCCAAGCGCACCUCUAUUUGUUUUCGGGGAAGUAUUUGACAUCCCUCGACUCGUCAAGGAUCCAGAAAGUCAGGUUCUCAAUGAUGUUGAUGUCUGGUGGACGCGAAUCCCAUCUUGGGUCGAACUUACAUCUCCUAGCGUGCAUCAAAAUAAUGCAUCGUUUUCGUAUCUCGCAUCACUUGGGUUUCCAGAAAGUCGCUCUAAAAGCCUGGAAUUAUCAUUAACGAACCGUCCUUCUCUUCAGCAACAGGUUUCCCUUCCCCCGGACGAUCACGUAUUAUGCUUCGAUUUCCUUUACUACAUAAGCGCUCAUCAUACAUGGGAAUGGGAAAUAGACUAUUCUCCUGCAUGGAGAUCUGUAGGCCAACACAUGCGAUGGACUGCAAGCAUGGAAAAGAUUGCCGAUGCGGAUGCCCGACGCGCCAUGAAUGAACCAACACCUCCUCAAUGCGAGGAGUUUCCUGUGGAUCAGUGCUUCGUCCCGUUGUCUGUCAUUGCACGCAGGGUGUCUGAGGUGCAAGAAGAGCUUCGCACACGAAAAGGAAUUGAUGACACACAUGUUAUCAUGACGAGCGACGAAAGGGACCCGCAUCCGGUGUUCAUUGAUGUUAUCAUUCGGUCGAAUGAAGCUGGCUUUGUUGGCACUCGUGGUUCCACACUAGCUAGUCGCAGAGUACAGUCGCGGCAUGACGGAGCGACUCGGCUCAUUAGAUGGGAAUGACUAGGCGCGGACGACCACUGAUGUUGAUCGGAAUGGUAGAAUCGAGACUACUUUGCGCUUCACAAAUCAUUCGCUACAAUGUUCUUGUAUUUUUAUUUAUGAUGCGCAUAAUGCUCGUUCUCCAGCUCAAAUGCACUGCAGGCGAAAGCAAGCUUAAUCUUCUUGGUGCACAGUACUGG